UGUCACUAUUGAACUUAACCUGAAAAAAAAACAAAAUUAAAUCCACUCGACGCCAGUUUUUCCGCGGAAAAUCGUCGAUUUUAAUGCGGAAAUCAUGACUGACAACAUGGAGGAGCCCCAGGUGAUCGACUACGACGACCCGAAGUAUCGAAUUACCCCCGGGCAACAGGCGGCGGCCUCUUGUACCGGCGCCCUACUCACCUCACUGAUCAUGACCCCCCUGGACGUAAUCAAAAUAAGACUGCAGUCACAACAGCAGGUCCCGACCAACUGCUACUUAUACUGUAGCAGUUUGAUGGACCACAUUUGCAGUUGUCAACCUACAGAUCCGAGGAACCCGUGGUACAAGACCCCCCCCACCCAAUUCAACGGUACCCUGGACGCUUUCGUGCAAAUCGGCCGUUCGGAGGGCAUCGGUUCGUUGUGGAGCGGCCUGAGUCCCACCCUGGUGCUGGCCAUACCCGCCACCAUUUGCUACUUCGUCACCUACGAACAGUUGCGGAUCAGGCUGAAGUCGUGGUACAAUUCGGGGAAAAUGUUCGGGGAGGGGGCGAAGCAGCCCUAUUGGAUCCCGUUGGUGUCCGGGGCGACGGCCCGUGUGGUCUCCGUCACUCUGGUGAGCCCCCUGGAACUUAUCCGGACCAAGAUGCAGUCGCAGAAGUUGAGUAAUUUAGAACUGAGGGAGGCCCUGAAAAACUUAGUGAGGACCGACGGGGUGAAGGGGCUUUGGAGAGGCAUCACCCCCACCCUGCUGCGAGACGUGCCCUUCUCCGCCAUCUAUUGGAUGAGUUACGAAGCGACGAAGGAAUUCAUGGGGGCCAAAAAUCCCACUUUGAUGCAGACUUUUAUAGCGGGGGCCGUCAGCGGUAGCAUCGCCGCAACCAUAACUGUCCCGUUUGACGUGGUAAAAACCCAUCAGCAAAUAGAGUUCGGUUCAGCCCUACUAAACGAUAAAGAUACCAACGGGACGAAAAGAGCGAGAUAUAGGACGACCAGGGAGGUGAUCAGGGGCAUUUAUCGGCAACAGGGGAUCGGGGGGCUGUACAAGGGGCUCGCCCCCCGCCUGAUCAAAGUGGCCCCCGCCUGCGCCAUCAUGAUUUCCUCCUUCGAGUAUGGAAAAGUGUUUUUUAACAGGUUAGCGCAACAACAACAACAACAACAUAAGGAGGAAAACGGUUUAACGUCUGUUAUGGGUAAAUUUAUGGAAAAUGAGGCUAAACAUGCAUGAAAAAAAAAAGGAAAUUCCCCACAUUUUGUGAUAUAUAUGUGUAUAUAUAUAUAGUUUGAGGUUAUGUGCCGCAAUUAGGGAGUAAAUUUGAUGUAAACGUU